AUGUCCUCUGCGCCAUAUCACCCACUCGCCUCCUUCUCAUCUCGCGACUCCGCUCCCGUUAAUCCACCCCAGCCGUUAGUUCGUGAGUUAUACGGUGUAGGCCGCGGUCCUGGUUCAGGUUCGGCUCGCGCCCUGUCCUCCGGGCCAGGCUCGGAAUCUGCCUCGGCACAACAACCCGUAGGUUUGGCAACACAAGGAGCUCACCUCGCGGGAGGAUCUCCUGGUUUGGCGACGCGGGGGAUCGCUGGAAGCGCCAAGACUGGUUCUGGCACGGUUUCCGUCGCAGAUAACGGCGGCGAUGACGUGGAACGAUGGAGGGAGGCUGUUCAGGGGCUUCGCGACGCGGAGAUCUUGGUGGGAGCGCUGGAGCAGCUGCUGCUAGGACCAGAUACGUUGUUUCUAGACGCCAACGCGAUGCGAUCGGCUCGGAGUGUGUACGACGGGCAACGGCAGCUGCAUGCGCUGAACCGGCGCGUGGCGGGGCUGCAGGGGGAGCUGGACGCGGCGGUGGAGGCGGCGAGGGAGGCGCGCGCAGGCAGGCGGGAGAGCGAGGAGGAGCGGCGGCGCAUGCAGGACGCACUGGCACAGGCGCAAAGAGACAUGGAGGCCACCUCAGUCACCCCUCUACCACCGUCCUCCCCUUCUCCCCGACUCGCAGCAACCUUUGGCUCAACUCAUAUACGUCUGUCUCACCUCCAUCAACCCCAUACCCCUCCUCCCCACCGCACAGGUGUGUUUGAUUUGUACACAAAAUCAGGGCAACAAGUGGCAGGUGAGGAGGAGAAGACAGGUGGGGCUGUUGAGGCGCUGGGAGGCAGGCAAGAGGAGCAUGGGAGGGAACUGGGGAACGGCAGGGAGGAGGAAGGGCAGGAGAUGGGGACUGUUGGAGUGAGUGGUGGCAACGGCAGUGAGAGGGUUGGUUCCCAGGAGGAAGGUACUGGUACCAGCAAUACAGAAGGGGAUGAUGAUGAAUUUCUGGACUCUCUACAGUGA